AUGAGUGUUCGAGAAACUGCAAAUUAUUUAUUAGGUUUAAGUGUUUGUUUUAUAAUCACAAUUUCAUCAAAUAAUGCUUUGGAAUAUCAAGUGACAGAUCAAGUAUAUUUAGAUGUAACGCAUGGUAAAGAAGAAAUUGGGCGUAUCGUUAUUGGUUUAUUUGGUGAAAUUGCACCCAAGACUGUAAAAAAUUUUUAUACAAUUGCUACCAAAGGUAUUGAUGGUAAAACAUAUGCCGGAUCUAGAUUCCAUAGAGUGAUUCCAAAAUUCAUGAUUCAAGGAGGUGAUAUUCACAAAUCAGAUGGAAGUGGAUCACUCAGUAUUUACGGAAAAUAUUUCGAUGAUGAAAACUUCAAAGUAAAUCAUACUGGCCCUGGUUUCAUUAGUAUGGCGAAUGCGGGUAAAAAUACAAAUGGUUGUCAGUUUUUCAUUACAACAAUUGCAACACCGUGGUUAGAUGGACACCAUACAGUUUUUGGCAAAGUUGUAUCUGGACAAAAUAUCGUCCAUAAAAUAGAGCAAGUGAAAACAGACAGCGAUGAUGCGCCAAUUGAUCCAGUCAUUAUUAAAGAUUCCGGAGAAAUUAAAACACCGACACCAUUCUUUGUUUCAGACGAUCCUUACGACAUUAUGGGAUGGAUAAAAGCUUCAAUUGUACCAUUUACUAUGUCGUUUUCAAUAUUAGCAUUUUUUCAUUGGAUUAUCAAACAACUUGAUAAGGCAGAAACUAAACUGGAAGAAAUUACAAAAGAACGUAAAGAACAAUAAAGUGCCGUAAUUGUG